UAACAAACAAUAGUUGAAUAAACAGUUAGAGUUUUUUUUUCUUUUUUGGUUUCAGUCACAACGGCCCUCCAAGGGUAACGGUUACUAAAUUGUGGACCACGACAAAAAUGACUGACACCCCUGGUAUAGAACAUUCAUAGAACUAUGUCACACAUCUCACUCAUCUUCUCAGCACCCACUUUAUUUGUACCCAUGGUUAGAUUAUGAUUAUUUUAGGGUGACAAGAUCGGCAGAAAACAAUGACCGAUAAUUGUGAGUUAACCAUAUGACACUGAUAGUUGACACUACUGUGGGAACAAAUAUGUACACUUUUAAACCUCUAACAAGCUGAACUUGUAACGUAAAAAUGUACGCGAUGUGUGAAUAUGUAAUUUAAAAAAAUAGACAACUGAAAUGUAAACACAUUUCGUAAAAUACAUUUAGGAUAAUUUAAUGCAAUAAAGGCCAUUUGGGAUGGGGUUGCAUUUAUGUUUCAUAUGUCCAAUUUCCCUAAAGAAAAUCAUGAAGGGCAACCGAAAAACAAAGAUCGACAAAAAUGAACCAGCACGACAGGAUCCAAGAAAUGUUACGUGCUACAGCACGUUUAAAGUUUGAUCAAGCAUAUAUAAUAUAUUUUGGGAGUAAUUCACACUGUCCAAGUAUGCAUGAAUGAAAAAUGGCCACUCUAUUUUGAAGACUGCACCCUGGAAAUGACAAGCUGAACACCGCAAGUACCAUUUUGCCGGAGACGACGCCGCCUUGCAGUGGAGAGCCAUUUUUUUAACUUCCUGUGGGUUUGGUGACCCAAAAAACACUGACAUUCUAUCCUCAUGCAAAAAUAGACAUUGGCAGAAGUAACCUCAAUGUUAUGGUAAGGCUAUCAGCACACAGACAGGCAGGCUUAGACGCUGUAUGCACAAAAGAGCACAUACAAAAACCCAUGAGACAAUCCCCUUGCACACACACAUCCAUUUCCAGUAAAUGUCUGGUUGUGCAUCUUGCUCCCGUGAGAAUAAAAGACUCACCAUCCCCCCACCGGGUUGGGAGGGAAUAGAUGGCGAUCUUGAACAUGAAAACAAACCGGCUCAUGCUGAGGAAAUUGGAACAGCCUUAAGCGGUCGAGAGAGCAAGAGCGAGAGAGCAAAAAAACAGACAGACAAGAAAAGCCCUGAGCCAUGAAUUCAGUCCUUGGUGUUUUUCAAACACUGAAUCGCAGACAAAAGGUGAGCCGCUAAACAGAUUCGCUGCCAGUCUGCAGCAGGACCAAGCGCUGACGCUGUCCCUUUGGUGGUUGAAGCCAUCGAGGUUUUGAAGACAAAGCAAAACCUUUUAAGGGGAAUUUCUGCAUCCUUUCGACCAUAGGGGGGAAAAAAAACCAACAUUAAGGUGAAGACCCAAUCCUAGACACUUCACUGAAUACCAAUUCCUGUGACAACGAGGUCACCAUGCCGGGAUUGCCGAGAAGUAGCUUUGUCUCAUUGCUAUUGGCAUUGCCAGUCAUCCUGGAGACGGGCACGGUCCGGGCGUGUCGCCUUGGCUCGCCGACCCAGUGCGAGAAAGCACCCUUUGUACCCGGCUAUAACCUGGCUGGGGAGGGUUUUGAUGUGGUGCGGUUGAGACGGACGGGGGCGUAUGUCAUUAACGUCAAGGGUCAGCUGGCUGAGAACCACACGUGCACACUGUGUCCGAACCGCUUCCACAAAGGACAGAUUCAGAGGCUCCCGGCUGCUGUGCUUGACUGGCGCCCCUUCAGCCGUUGCAGCAAGCAGCUUUCGAGUGCCCUCCACCACUCUGUGGAUUCACUGUUGCGUAGCUCCAACUCACUGGUGAACAACAACUGGAGCGUGGGUUUGAGCCUCGAUACAUAUGGCAAGGUCGUGCUGGGAGGGAGCCGCUCGGAUUUGGCCAAGUUCGCUCGUUCGCAGCACAGCGUGGACAAGGCCACUUUCGCCAUACAUGAAAUCAGCUGCACGUACUACAGCUACAGACUGGCCGAUCACCCCCAACUGAGCACAGAGUUCACCAAGCAUCUGAACAGACUCCCGCGGGACCUCGUGACAAGCCACAACAGAGCCCUGUACAGACGGCUCAUCGACACCUACGGAACGCAUUACAUUUACCAGGUUCAACUUGGUGGAAAAGUGAGGCGAAUCACAGCCUUUCGGACCUGCCUGGCCACCUUGAAGGGCUUUACCGAGACGGAGAUCAAAAAGUGCCUGAAUGCCGAACUGCGCAUGGCCUUGGGAUUCCUCCCUGCCAACGCUUCCUUCUCCAACAAGUGUGACGGGCUCAUGAAGGGCAACAUGAGCAUGGGCUUCUAUCAAGGCUUCAUGACUCAUAAGAUCGAGGUCAUUGGCGGGGAGAAAUACUUUCCGGACAUCCUCUACCAGCAGGACCCCUCCGACGCCUACCACAGCUGGAUGAACAGCCUCCAAGACAACCCAGAUGUGGUGUCCUACGGGAUUUUCCCCCUGCACCAUCUGGUCGAGGACACUCAGCUCAGCGCAAACCUAAGGGAACUCAUCUCAGAGUAUAUCCGAGAGAACAAGCUUCAGGAGGACCAGCUGGGUUUCAAGAACUGCUCCCCAACACCCAAUUUGGACCACAACUGCUGCCCCCUGCGGGCCGGCCGUGGAUCGCUCAAACUGGAAAUCCACAGAGCCGCUGGCCUCAAGGCCGACACCUUCACCAAAACGGACGCCUACGUGAAGAUUUUCUACAACGGCAUGUACGAGGAGACGGGAACGGUGAUGGACGACAACAACCCGGUAUGGAAUGUGACUUAUUACUUCAGCUCGGUGGAGGUCGGGCAGGAGUUGAGGUUUGAAGUCUGGGACAGAGAUGUUCUUUACAACGACCAGGCCGGCGUUUGUAUCGUCUUUCCCGAGCAAGGAACUCGUUCUUUGAGCUGCCAGCUGAGCAAAGGAGUCCUUUACUUUUCAUAUAGCAUCAAGUGCGAUGCUCACUUGUCGGGCUUCAGGUGUGGACGGUACUCUCCCACUGCGGAAUAGUUCAGACCUGAUUCAAUUCUUCUGGUUUACUUCAUGGUAAGGUCUUCUUUUAGAAUUAGUCAGAUUUUUUUUUGUCAGCAAGGCGCCCCUGCAAAAUUUACUUCAGCAAAAUCUUAUUGCAGCCAAAGGAGAUUCGAGUUUGUUUUGAAAAACAGACAUUACCAGGAUCAUUGUGUGAAGGCCAAGGCCAUAUUGAUGCCCUUUCAUACCUUGUACUUUACACCUACUUUGAUUUUAUAAUCCUAUUAUCUAGCGCUUUGAUAUCAUGUUCUCGAUGACCAUGAUUUUGACGAUAAAUAAAUAAACGUGUUGUGGAUGCAAUAACAUUUGUCGUGGCGUGUUUUACUUUCGAGACGUGACAUAAAUGGGGUAAAAAUGGCCGACAAUGUUUAAAUUCUCACUGAGGGGUGAACAAUUGGGAAGUGUUUUCCAAUGGCGGCGAUUGUUGCGUUCGCGUCAGGAUUCGUUCAAGGUCGCAAAUGUUCAAACGGUUGCCAGAUUAUUCGUCUGUAUUUUUCUUGUCGCAAGGGAAUUUUGAACAUGUUCAAAAGAACUUUUGGCGAAAAGUCUUGCUGAACAGUGGUAUCGGAGCCUUCAUACGAACUGGCUUGUCGGGGUCAUUCUUGUAAAAUGUCGUCACUCUUAUAUCACCUAUUU